AUGACGAAACCAAGAGUUUUAGUUGUGGGCGCAACGGGGCGUACCGGUGGUACCAUCGUCGACGUACUACUCAAAGCUGGCGAGACGGAAGUCGAAGCAAUAAUCCGCCCCGCAUCAAACGGCAAGCCAUCUACAUUGAAGCUCAGAGACCGUGGUGUCAAGAUUCACGUCGCCGAGAUCAACGACGACGCGCAGCUCGGUGGUAUCUUGGCCGGCAUAGACACCAUCAUCAGCACCGUUCCACCAGAAGCGCAGCUCCAACAGAUCCCACUCGCUGAUGCGGCAAAGAAAGCAGGCGUCAAACGGUUUGUGCCUUGUGCCUUCAUCACUGUUUGCCCUCCCGGCGGUGUCAUGUGGAUACGUGAUGAGAAAGAACAAGUCUACCAACACAUCCGCAAAAUCGGACUCCCGUACACAUUCAUCGACGUCGGAUACUGGUACCAAGCCUCCUUCCCGACACUCCCAUCUGGACGUGUGGAUUACGCCAGCUUGAUGGUUCCAAAUGUGACCAUUGUGGGCAACGCGGACAUGAAGACUGCACUUACUGACCUGCGCGAUGUCGGUCCGUAUGUUGCCAAGAUUAUAACCGAUGAUCGAACUGCGAAUAAGUAUGUCUUUUGUUACGGAGAGCUACUAUCGCAGGAAGAGGUCUUUGCCAAGCUGGAGGAGAUUUCACGGGAGAAGAUUGAGAGACAAUAUUUGCCAGCUGACCAGCUCCUCGCCCUCCGCGACGCUACCAAGGCAUCAUUUGGACACGACUUCUCCGACAUGAACAAAACCAUGCUUGUCGUGGGCCUGGAGUAUGCCUAUAGCAAGUUCGUGCGCGGCGACAACUCGCCCGAGUUCGCGAAGUACUUGGGAUACGUUGACGCUAGUGACCUAUAUCCCGACUUUGUUCCCCGGUCGUUUGAGGCCUUUGCGAAGGAGCUGGUGGAUGGGAAGGCAGAGAAUCCUUUUGAGGGGAUUCGUAUGGAUGGCUUGUGA